GUGGUUUUCUGGUCAACUAAAGUCAACUUAGAAACUUAGACAUUCGUUGUUCCGUUAACCAGUGCCUUGGAUAACUGAACAUUUAAAACUAAAGUACAAAACUAAGCAACUAUAUCUACAACAAGGACGGAUACGUCACAUCUGAUAGAACAUGGACGGCAGAAACGUGCCUAGUUUCGGUCUGCUGGUGCCGCACCCCCCCAGCAAACCUCCAGAGCCCAAACCUUCACCCCUGAGGCUGCCUCCAAUCAGAAAAGGCAGUUUAAAAGAGCAGAGGGGCAUCUGUUCAGAUGCCAUUACCACAGCUAAGCUCCAGCCUCUUACAGUGGGUCUUGGACUCCAGCAGGGUCAAUCCAGACUUGAACCACUAAAAGUUGCACCAUUCAAGACGUCACUGGAUCAUCAUCAUGCUGCUGAACACUAUAACUCUGGACCCACCUCACUCCUAUUAAAGAAUUCUUACUUCAGCCAAACUGGAGACAAACCCAAAGUCCAGAUACCUUACCAAACCAAGCCAGGCCAGAUACCUCGCAAAUUACAGAUAGAGAGGCUUCGGAGGGAGUACUUGCAGUUAGAUGUUGAACAGCUCCUAGUGGAAAAAGGUAUAGACUCCAGACUUAUAAUGCCAAGGACUGCAGACAGUAGAGAUGGGUGUGUGAACGCACCAGACAGCCAUGUGUCACCCUAUCUUCCACUAGAGAUAUUUGACAAUGAGGAGUAUGACUGUCGGACUCCAGAAGGCUGGCUUGCCCUAGGCAAUGUUGAAGGAUCAUCUCAUCGAAAACCUAUACCUGCAAAAGCACUACUACCUAAAAAUGACAAUAUUCUUUCAGACGAAACAAAUGAAUGCUGCUUGGAGUACAGCUGGCAUUUAGUUGGAGUCCUUGAUUACAGUAAAGUUAAAAACCAGUAUUUGGUAGAGAAGGUUCACCAAAGCAGCAAAGAUGAACAAAGACCUGCUCUAAAUAAAGAACUCAAAAGAAGAAAGAUUUCUGACGUCCAUCGCUUGGCUGCAGGUAGUAAGUACUGGGUACCCAGGAUCAGAUUGCUGUUCACUGCAGAAGACCCACGUGAAUUUGUGGAACGCAUUAACUUUGCUUUUAACUGGAGGAAAAAUACAGAGGCUUUGCUUCUUUACCAUUUGUCCGUGGACUGCAUGCCUCUCUGGAGGGGAACAACAUCUCUUGACACCCACAGUCUUCAGAGUAUGAAAAAACGAGCUCUAGCACCUGGACUCAGGCUAAAAAUCGUGGAGAAGUGUUUGGGUGACCUGGAGAAAGAGCUCCAACUGGAAUAUGUUCGUACUAUGAAUCGCAUGAGCUUUGAUAAAGUAGUGAUGAGCCACCCAGAGUUUUCACACAUCAGCUUGCCAAAGAAAGACCCUGAAUAUGCACCACAAACAGGGUGUGUUCCAGUUCCUUAUGCUGCCUAUAAGAAGAACCAGGCUGCAUUUGUCUCACGCUCCCUGCUCACAAAGCCUGAAGUGAUCUGUGCAUUGUCUGAAAUAUGGUCUGAGUGCAACAAGGUUGCAAACAUGAGCUUGUUCAGCAUCACUUCAGUCAAACCUCUGCGACUAGAGGAGUUUGAAGUUAUUCAGUCUCAGAUGCAUACUCAGAUAAACCUGUUUCUGCGAGAGACAUGGAGAGCGACACUGAGUAACAGCAUCCGUUCUAAUCUGGGCAGAAUAGGCAGGGGCUCCUACAAUUUAAAUCAGUCUCAGUGGGAAAUGUACACGAUUUCCAAGCUGUACAGGCUGAUGGAACUGCUACGCCUGAAUAUGCAGGACUCGCUUCGGCACCUUGUGCAAAAUUCACUAGCCAGCCUGACCCGCCUUCUGCUGGACGCUUGCCACAGUGUGCUGACCUGUCCUGAGGAUCUCGUAUGGGAGAGCAACUUGAUCACUAGCCCAUACAAGCCAAAAAAGAAUCCUCUGUUCCUGGUGGACUUGGUUCUGGACCAGAGUGGGGUUCAUUACAGUACUAUGCCUGAGAAUUUUGUGACAUCUAUAGUUCACUUGUUUGAUAAAGGCAUUCAAGCCACCUACAAUAUUUAUCAGCUUGAUAAGUCUGUGAUGCAGAAGUUGUUUAUUUUGGAGGAUCCAUUGCUCGAGUCUGUGAAUCUUUGGGAACCAGAAGUAACAGCUCUGAGAGAGCAGGUCGGCAAUGCUCUUGCUCAAGCAGCCAUCCCUCUCCGGGCUUAUGCUGCUCAAUAUGUGAAAUACUUAGAACUACAUACCAUGGACAUAGAAACUCUUCUCAGUUCUUACCUACACCCAGAACAGACAUCCCUAGAACUGAAGAAAGAGGUGCAGCAACAUCUGCAAGAGAAGGAAGCGAUUGAACAAUCCUUGCCGUCGUCCAUCCUGAUUGGUCCCUUUAUUGUUCGUGUUGAGGCUGUACGUCAAGCUCUCUCAAACAAAAGAAAGACCUUAGCUAAUGCAAUGCUGCAUCACUUUGCUGGGAAUCUGCGCAAGCAGAUUGAUGAUGCAUGUGAAGAAUGUAACAUUAUAAGUAGAAAGUUACAUGAGAAACCCAACAGCAUUGAGGAACUGACUGAAAAGAGGGACUGGAUGAAACAAAUCCAUGAACAACUCAAGAGUUACAAGGAACGUAUUGACAAAACCUUAUUAGACUAUGAGUUAAUGGAGGAAUUUCAUUACUGUCUUUCAGAUGAGGAUGUUAAUAAAAGGUGGAGAGCUAUUGGAUGGCCCCAAAGAAUAAUCAACCAGAUGGAAGAAGUAGCUCUCCGGCAUGUAAAGGAUGAGGAACACUUUCACAAGAUCCAGUUAGCUGAUCAGAACAACUUUGAGGAGCGCUUAGACUCACUACAGAUGUUGGUUGCUGGCUAUGCCGGUCAUGUAGACAUUGACCAUGCCCAUGAGAUGGCCAAUGAGGUAAGGCGUACAAGCAAACAACUGAAGGAGUGUCAGACUAUGGCCCAGACCUACAACAGUAGAGAACGCCUGCUUGGACUUCCCGUCACAAAUUACGAUCGUCUGCAGAAGCUGGUAAAGGACUUUCAGCCUUUUAAAGACCUGUGGACCACCACUUCUGAUUGGCUUCGUUGGCAUGAGAGCUGGAUGAAUGACCCACUCUCUUCGGUUGAUGCUGAGCAACUUGAGCACAAUUUCACAGAUGCCCACAAGACCAUGCACAAAUGUAUCAAACACUUCAAAGAAAUUCCUGACUGCCAGAUGGUGGCAACUACAGUCUGCAACAAAAUCGAGGACUUCCGUCCCUACAUCCCUCUAAUUCAGGGUCUGCGUAACCCGGGGAUGAAGAGCCGCCAUUGGGAAAUGCUUUCUGAACGCAUUCAGAUGAAAGUCAUGCCCAAAGCCAACCUGACAUUUUCCCGCUGCCUUGAGCUUGGCCUACAGAACCAUGUGGAUGUUGUUGCUCAAGUGGGUGAGGUGGCCGGGAAAGAAUACACCAUUGAACAGGCACUGGAGAAGAUGAAAAAUGAGUGGUUGACAGUGGAAUUUGAUGUGCUACCCUACAAAGAGACUGGCACCUACAUUUUGAAGAGCCCAGAUGAAGCUUCCCAGUUGCUGGAUGACCACAUUGUCAUGACACAGAGCAUGUCCUUCUCUCCGUUCAAGAAAGCCUUUGAGGCCCAGAUCGACACCUGGGAGACCAAGCUCAGAAUGACUCAAGAUGUGCUUGAGGAGUGGUUGACAUGCCAGCGCUCAUGGCUCUAUCUUGAGCCCAUCUUCAGCUCUGAAGAUAUCAACCAGCAGCUGCAGGUGGAAGGAGAACGAUAUCAGCAAAUGGAGCAAACGUGGAGGAGAAUAAUGAAAAUUGCUGUUAAUAAUCGGAAGGUGAUUGAGUUGUGUCCCGAUGCUCGUCUGCUAGAAAAACUAAAAGAGUGCAACGCACUCUUAGAGCAGGUGCAGAAGGGUCUGAGUGAGUACUUGGAGACAAAACGAGCAGCAUUCCCCAGGUUUUACUUCUUGUCGGAUGAUGAGCUACUAGAAAUUCUGUCCCAGACAAAAGAUCCCACUGCUGUUCAACCACAUCUGCGUAAAUGCUUUGAGAACAUCGCACAGCUUCAGUUCCAGACAGAUCUGCAGAUCACACAUAUGUACUCUGGAGAGGGGGAGGAGGUGAAGCUGUUCCUGCCAAUGUGGCCCAAAGGGAACGUAGAGCACUGGCUGAGGGAUGUAGAGAAUUCAAUGAAAGCCACACUGAGGGACAACAUUGACCGCUCUCUUAAAGUUUACCCCGAGCAACCUCGUGUGGAGUGGGUGUUAUCAUGGCCUGGUCAAGUGGUGAUAGCUGGCUGUCAGGUCUUCUGGACUACUGAGGUGUCUGAGGCUUUAGAUCAGGGAGCUUUAGCAGAUUGCCUUCAGCCCCAACUACAGACGCAGCUAGGAGACUUGGUGCAGCUUGUAAGAGGAGGUCUCUCUAAGAUUCAACGAGCUGUGCUUUCAGCCCUCAUUGUCAUAGAAGUUCAUGCUAAGGACGUUGUUGCUAAACUGGUGGAGCAGGAGGUCUCAAGUGUCAGUGACUUUGAGUGGAUCAGCCAGCUUAGAUAUUACUGGGCAAACAAUGACCUGUACAUUCGAGCAGUGAAUGCAGAAUUCUUGUAUGGAUAUGAGUACCUUGGUAACUCUGGGCGACUGGUUAUCACCCCACUCACUGACAGAUGCUACCUGACUCUGACAGGAGCUCUGCACCUGAAGUUUGGAGGAGCGCCUGCAGGUCCAGCAGGAACUGGAAAGACGGAAACCACUAAAGACCUGGGGAAGGCUCUGGCCAUCCAGACUGUGGUUUUCAACUGUUCAGAUCAACUGGACUUUAUUGCGAUGGGAAAGUUCCUCAAAGGACUAGCCAGCUCUGGGGCCUGGGCAUGCUUUGAUGAGUUUAAUCGAAUUGAUGUGGAGGUGUUGUCUGUUGUGGCACAACAGAUCACCACUAUACAAAAGGCACAACAGCAAAGGGCAGAGCGAUUUGUGUUUGAGGGGUCAGAGAUCCCUCUUGUUCCUUCCUGCGCUGUAUUUAUCACCAUGAAUCCUGGUUAUGCUGGUCGCACAGAACUGCCUGACAAUCUAAAGGCUUUGUUUCGUCCUGUGGCAAUGAUGGUCCCUGACUAUGCAAUGAUAGCUGAGAUCUCCUUGUACUCAUUUGGCUUCAGUGAGGCUAAGGUCCUCUCCAAGAAGAUCACCACCACAUUCAAGCUCUCUUCAGAGCAGCUCAGCUCUCAGGAUCAUUAUGAUUUUGGAAUGAGAGCUGUGAAAACUGUGAUUUCAGCAUCUGGAAACCUAAAGAGAGAAAAUCCCAACAUGAAAGAGGAGUUGAUCUGUCUGCGAGCCAUUCAAGAUGUAAAUGUACCAAAGUUUUUACAGGACGACUUGAAGCUCUUCAACGGCAUUGUGUCUGACCUGUUCCCUAAGACAAAACAGGAGCCUAUAAACUAUGGUGCUUUGGAAGAGUUCAUGCGUGAGGUUUGCAGGAAGAAGAACCUGAAAGAUGUGGAUGGGUAUAUAAAUAAGUGCAUCCAGCUGUAUGAGACAACUGUGGUGAGACAUGGCCUUAUGUUGGUGGGACCUUCUGGAUCAGGGAAAACCAAGUGUUAUGAAAUAUUAGGUGCAGCACUAACAGCUCUUGGAGGUCAGCCAGCUGUCAGCGGUGGUGUGUAUGAGCCUGUUGAGAUAUAUGUCCUCAACCCCAAGUCUAUUACUAUGGGACAGCUCUAUGGGGAGUAUGACUUGCUCACACACGAGUGGACAGAUGGUAUUCUCUCAUCUCUUAUCCGUGGAGGUGCAACAUCCAUGGACAAAGAGAAAAAGUGGUAUAUGUUUGAUGGGCCUGUUGAUGCUGUGUGGAUUGAGAACAUGAAUACUGUGCUAGAUGACAACAAAAAGCUGUGUCUUAGCUCUGGUGAAAUCAUCAAGCUCACUGAUGUAAUGACCAUUAUGUUUGAAGUGCAGGAUUUAGCUGUGGCAUCCCCAGCCACAGUGUCUCGAUGUGGUAUGGUCUAUUUGGAGCCCAGCAUUCUGGGCCUCACCCCUUUCACAGAGUGCUGGCUUAAGCAGGUUCCUGAAGUUCUGAAACCGUACACAGAGAAGCUCAGUUUUUUGUUUGCCACAUUCCUGCAGGUCUCCAUCACGUUUGUCCGCACAUCAGUAAAGGAGGUCAUCACGUCCCUAGACAGUAAUCUUGCUUGUAGUCUGCUUAAACUUAUGGACUGCUUCUUCAAUCCAUUUGCCACUAAAGAGAAUGAAAAGGCACCACCACAAAGGAAACUGGACCGAUUAGGGGAACUGAUUGAGCCCUGGUUCUUUUUCUCUCUGGUGUGGAGUGUAGGAGCCACAGGAGAUGCAACCAGCUGCCAGCGCUUCAGUACCUGGCUCAGGAGCAAAAUGGAAGAAGAGGAGAUCAGUUUAUGUUUUCCAGAGGAGGGUCUGGUUUAUGAUUACAGGCUGGAUGAUGCAGGGAUUAGUACCUUGGAGGAUGGAGAUGAAGAUGAUCAAAGAAAGGUCCAGUGGGUCAGCUGGAUGAAAGAUGCAAAGACUGUUGUAAUCACCCCAGAGACAAAUUAUGCUGACAUCAUAGUUCCCACUGCUGACACAAUGAGAAUGUCUUUCCUGGUGGAGAUGCUUUUAAUAAAUAGAAAACCUGUGCUCUGUGUUGGACCAACUGGCACAGGAAAGACCCUCACCAUAUCAGACAAGCUACUGAAUUCUAUGCCUGAUGAAUACAUCACACACUUCCUUAUGUUCUCUGCCCGCACCUCAGCCAACCAGACUCAAGAUUACAUUGACAAUAAACUAGACAAAAGGCGUAAAGGUGUGUUUGGACCUCCAAUAGGAAAAUACUUUGUCUUCUUUAUUGAUGACCUAAACAUGCCCAUGUUGGAAACCUAUGGUGCCCAGCCUCCUAUUGAACUGCUGCGCCAGUGGAUGGAUCAUGGCGGGUGGUAUGACAGAAAGCAGAUCGGGACAUUCAAAAAUUUAGUGGACAUAAAUUUUGCCUGUGCCAUGGGACCCCCUGGUGGAGGCCGCAACCCUGUCACCCAGCGUUUCACUCGCCACUUCAACUUCCUGUCCUUUACUGAACUGGACGAUGCCAGCAAGAAAAAUAUUUUCUCCACUAUUCUAGGCAGUUGGAUGGAACCUGUGCCUGCGAUCCAAUCACUAAAUGAGCCUCUUGUAAAGUCCACUAUCCGAGUCUACUCCACUAUUACCUCUCAGCUUCUCCCAACGCCAGCCAAGUCCCAUUACACUUUCAACCUCAGAGACCUGUCUAAGGUCUUCCAGGGCAUCCUCAUGGCUGAGGCUGGCAUGAUAGAGAACAAAAUGCAGUUGUUGCAGCUGUGGUACCACGAAAGCUGCCGGAUUUUCCAAGACCGUCUGGUGUGUACUGAGGACCGGGACUGGUUCUGCAAGCUCCUGAAGGAGUGCGUGGAGGAGUUUAACUGCAGCUUUGAAGAGGUUGUGUCUUGCCAACCUGUUCUUUAUGGAGAUUUUAUGAUUCCUGGGGCUGACCACAAAGUCUACACACUAAUUGGCGAUAAGGAAAAGCUGAUGAAAGUGAUGGAAGAAUACAUGGAAGAAUACAACCAAGUCAGUACCACUAAGAUGAAGCUAGUGCUCUUUAUGGAUGCCAUUGAACACGUGUGUCGUAUCAGCCGUAUCUUACGCCAGCCCCUGGGCAAUGCCUUGUUGCUAGGCGUGGGUGGCAGCGGGCGCCAGUCACUCACUAAACUGGCCUCGUUUAUGUCAGAAUAUGAAUGUUUCCAGAUUGAGCUGUCUAAGAACUAUGGUCAAACUGAGUGGAGGGAAGAUAUUAAAAGCAUUAUGCUAAAAGCUGGUCUCAAGGACCAGCAAAUCACUUUUCUUUUUGCAGAUACACAGAUUAAGAUGGAGUCAUUCCUUGAGGAUAUCAACAAUAUUUUGAACUCUGGGGACGUUCCCAACCUGUAUGCAACCGAAGAGCAGGAACGCAUCCUCUCAGCAAUGAAGCCAGUGGUGCUGGACCUGGGUCAGCAGCCAACUAAAGCCAAUCUUAUGGCUGCUUAUGUCAGAAGGGUUCGCAGCAACAUUCAUACUGUACUUUGCAUGAGUCCUAUCGGGGAGGUGUUCCGUGCACGACUGAGGCAGUUUCCUUCACUGGUGACUUGUUGUACUAUAGACUGGUUUAGCGCUUGGCCACAGGAGGCUCUGCAGGCUGUAGCCACAUCCUUUCUUAAUGACCUGCCUGAGAUGGAAACCAGCCCCACAACCAUGGAAGGACUGACAAUGAUGUGUGUAAAGAUGCACCAGAUGGUAGCCAGGAAAUGUGAACAGUACCUGGCUGAGCUUUCACGACACAAUUAUGUCACACCCAAGAGCUACCUGGAACUGCUCAAAAUAUUUUCAGCUCUCAUUGGACAAAAGAAGCAAGAACUGUGUAGUGCCCGCCAGCGCAUGAAGACUGGUCUGGACAAGCUCCUCAGCACUGCAGAUGAUGUAAGUAAAAUGCAGAAGGAGCUGGAGACAAUGAGACCACUUUUGGAAGAGGCUUCUAGGGAAACGGAAGUCACUAUGGAGACAAUCAAAAAAGACACAGUGGUGGCAGAGGAGACUCGAAAAGCAGUGCAGGAAGAAGAAGCAAAGGCCUCGGAGAAAGCCUCUUAUGCAAGUGCCAUCGCUGCAGACGCGCAGAGGGACUUGGACGAAGCGCUGCCUGCCCUGGAUGCUGCUCUCACCAGUCUCAAGUCUCUCAAUAAGAAUGAUGUUAUUGAGGUCAGAGCAAUGCAGCGUCCACCGCAUGGAGUGAAGUUGGUUAUUGAAGCCGUGUGCAUUAUGAAGGGUAUCAAACCCAAGAAGGUACCUGGCGAAAAGCCUGGCACCAAGGUCGAUGACUACUGGGAACCAGGCAAGGCUCUGCUACAGGAUCCUGGCAAGUUUCUGGAUGGCCUGUUCAAAUAUGACAAGGACAACAUACCAGAUAAUGUGAUCAGUUUAGUCCAGCCCUACAUGAAUAAUGAAGAAUUCCAGCCAGCUUCCAUUGCCAAGGUUUCCAAAGCGUGUACCUCCAUUUGCCAGUGGGUGCGAGCCAUGCAUGUGUAUCACUUUGUGGCCAAGGCUGUGGAACCUAAAAGGCAAGCUCUUCAAGAGGCCCAGACGGACUUAGCAGCAACCCAACGCAUCCUGGAUGACGCCAAGCAAAAGCUGGCCGCAGUGGAGAGCGGCAUUGCCACGUUGCAGGCCAAGUACCAGGACUGUUUGGCUAAGAAAGAGGAGCUGGACAACAAAUAUCAGCUGUGUGAGACUCGUCUUGCCCGAGCAGCCAAGCUUAUCAAUGCACUGGCAGAUGAAAAGGUCCGCUGGAAGGAAACCGUGCAACAUCUGGAUUACAUGGUCAAUAAUGUGUCCGGCGACGUGUUUCUAUCUGCAGGAUACGUUGCAUAUUUGGGACCGUUCACUGGAGAAUACCGGGCAGCCAUGGCAGAAGAAUGUAUGCAUUAUUUAAAAGAGCUGUGUGUUCCACACACAAAAGAGCCAAACCUGAUCAACACUCUAGGAGACCCAGUCAAGAUCCACUCCUGGCAGAUAUGUGGUUUGCCAAAGGACAACUUGUCAGUGGAAAACGGUGUGAUUGCCCAGUACUCUCUCCGAUGGACUCUGUUCAUUGAUCCUCAGCGACAAGCCAACAAGUGGAUCAAGAACAUGGAACAGGAUAAUGGAUUGAAGGUGAUGAAGCUCAGCGACCUGGACUUCCUCCGCAGUCUUGAAAAUGCCAUUCGCUUCGGUGAACCCUGCCUUUUGGAAAAUGUAGGAGAAGAGUUAGAUCCUGCUCUAGAACCUGUCCUGCUGCAACAGACGUUUAAGCAGCAGGGCAGCACGGUGCUGAAGCUGGGGGAUUCAGUCAUCCCUUACCAUGGCAGCUUCAAACUGUACAUGACCACCAAGCUGCCGAACCCACAUUAUGCCCCUGAGGUCUCCAGCAAAGUGACCAUUAUUAAUUUCACCCUGUCUCCCAGUGGUUUACAGGACCAGUUGCUGGGCCAAGUGGUGGCACUAGAACGACCAGACCUUGAAGAUGCUAAGAAUCAAUUGAUCAUCAGCAAUGCCAGGAUGAAACAGGAACUGAAAGAUAUUGAGGAUGAGAUCCUGUUCAGGCUCAGCUCCACAGAGGGAAACCCCGUGGACAACGAGGAGCUCAUUCAAGUGUUGGAGGCUUCAAAAAUCAAAGCCGGAGAGAUCAAGGCUAAAGUGAUGGCAGCAGAAAAAACAGAACGAGACAUUGAUGCGACCCGACUGGAGUAUGUUCCAGUAGCUGUGCGCACACAGAUCCUCUUCUUCUGUGUGUCAGAUCUGUCUAACGUUGACCCAAUGUACCAGUAUUCUCUGAAAUGGUUUCUUGGCAUCUUUGUGGCUGGCAUCACCAAGUCUGAGAAAGCAGAUACCGUGGAGACGAGAAUCGCCAACAUCAAUGAUUUCUUUACCUUCAGCCUGUACAGUAAUGUGUGCCGUAGUUUGUUUGAGAAGCACAAGCUUAUGUUUGCCUUCCUCCUAUGUGCUCGCAUCAUGAUGAAUGAGAGCAAAAUUGACAUGGCUGAGUGGCGCUACCUUCUCUCUGGGGGGACUCCUGUCGAAACGCUCACCAAUCCAGCAGCGAGCUGGCUAUCGGCGCGAGCCUGGCUCGACAUUCUGGGCCUCGCUGCUCUGCCCAACUUCAGGAACUUGGCAGAGAGCUUCACUGAGCAUCUGCAGACAUUCAAGAGGAUUUUUGACAGUAGUCAGCCUCACAGGGAGACACUUCCUGGUGGGUGGGCCACAGACCUGACGUCAUUCCAGAAGCUCCUGAUUCUACGCUGUCUGAGGGCUGACUGCCUCAUUCAAGGCCUGCAGGACUUUGUGUCAGUUCACCUGGGUCAGCGCUUUAUAGAACCUCAGACUUCAGACUUGUCCGUGGUCUUCACUGAGUCAUCUCCCUCCACCCCACUCAUAUUUGUCCUUUCUCCUGGCACUGACCCUGCUGCAGACCUCUACAAAUUUGCUGAUGUCAUGCAGUUCUCCAAGAAAAUGAGUGCCAUCUCCCUUGGCCAGGGCCAGGGCCCCUGGGCCGAGACUAUGAUGCAUGCUGCCAUGGAAAGAGGUCAGUGGGUAUUUUUCCAGAACUGUCACCUGGCGCCUAGUUGGAUGCCUUCCCUGGAGAGACUGAUUGAAAACAUAAGUUCUGCAAAGGUGCACAAGGAUUUUCGUUUGUGGCUCACUAGUCUUCCCAGCAGCACGUUUCCUGUUUCCAUUCUCCAAAACGGUUCCAAGAUGACCAUUGAGCCUCCAAGAGGCAUUAAGGCCAAUUUGCAGAAAACCUACCUGAGGCUGACUGAUGAUUUUAUUUCCUCUUCCACCAAAAUAUCAAACUUCAAAUCGUUGCUCCUUUCUCUGUGUCUGUUCCAUGGAAUAGCUUUGGAGCGAAGGAAGUUUGGCCCUCUGGGCUUCAACAUUCCCUAUGAGUUCACUGAUGGCGACUUGAACAUUUGCAUCAGCCAACUCAAAAUGUUCCUGGAUGAGUACCAGGACGUCCCAUACAAGGUGUUGAAAUACACAGCAGGCGAGAUUAAUUAUGGUGGUCGUGUGACAGACGACUGGGACAGAAGAUGUCUUCUUAACGUAUUGGAGGAUUUCUACUGUCCUGCUGUUUUACAAGAUGAACAUGUCUACUCUGCCUCCGGAGUUUACCGGCAGAUAGACACAAGGCUGGAUAUCAAGCAAUACUUGGCAUACAUUUGGGACUUGCCCAUAAAUGACACACCUGAAAUAUUCGGUCUACAUGACAACGCUAACAUCAGCUUUGCCCGAAAUGAGACCUUUGUGCUGCUGGGAGCCGUGGCCCGUUUGCAGCCUCGAGCUGCUUCUGGCGGAGGGAAAACUCUGGAGGAGAUAGUGGAGGACAUUGUGGUGGGCAUUGCUGAAAAGAUCCCUCCGCCUUUUAACAUCCAGGAAGUGAUGGAACAGUACCCGGUCCUUUACGAGGAGUCUAUGAACACAGUGCUCAUCCAGGAGGUCAUCAGAUACAACAAGUUGCUCGGGGUUAUCUCGCAGAGCCUCAGUGACAUUGUGAAGGCUCUAAAGGGUUUAGUGGUGAUGUCAUCUGAACUGGAGCUUAUGGCCAACAGCCUGUUUAACAACGCGGUGCCUGACAUGUGGAAAGCCAAGGCCUACCCCUCUCUGAAACCUCUGUCCUCCUGGGUGUCAGACCUACUUCAGAGGAUCACAUUUCUGCAAAGAUGGAUUUCUAAAGGCAUUCCACCUGUCUUCUGGAUUAGUGGCUUCUUCUUCCCGCAGGCCUUUCUUACCGGAACCCUCCAGAAUUACGCUCGUCACUCUGGCUCCUCCAUUGACACAAUUGGAUUUGACUUUGAGGUAAUAACGAAAUCAGUGUCAGAGAUUAGAGAGAAACCCGUGACGGGCUGCUACAUCCACGGCCUGUUCCUGGAGGGGGCUCGCUGGGAUCACGGGGCAGGUCAGCUCACAGAGUCCAGGCCCAAAGAGCUCUACACAGAAAUGGCGGUCGUGUGGCUGAUCCCCAAGCCAAACCGCAAGCCUCCAACAUCGGGGUUCUACAUGUGCCCUAUUUACAAGACACUCACACGUGCCGGGACGCUCUCCACUACUGGACAUUCUACCAACUAUGUAAUAGCAGUGGAGCUGCCAACAGAUCAGAGUCCGAGACACUGGAUCAAGCGGGGCGUUGCCCUCAUAUGUGCCCUGGACUACUGAACACACAGUUUGAAAUGAUGCAGACUAAAUUAACAAGUCUCUUAAUAACAUGAGUCUGAACAGGAAAUAAAGAAAGACACAAAAACAAUAUUACUGAGAAAAACCGUUCAAACUGUAAUUUAUUUUGUCUAAUAAACACUUUUGAACAUUGUAA